AUGACCUUGGCAAUUGGUUUAGUGGGGGCUCUCCUAACAGGAGAUUGGUCUUUUGUUUUUUGUGAGGGUUCACCUGGGACUGAUGAUGACUCUGGUGCUGACUUUGACGCAAGCGUCAGCCAAGAGCUGUCGAGCCCUUCUCGCCCGGGACCCGCCGCUUUGGCCCCUACUACUUCUGCUGCUCAUCCCCUCGAGCCAGCAACUCCUCAAGCCCCUGAGCCCUCGGCCCUAGAACAAAGGACGAACUCCUCCUAG